GGCAGCGGACUCGCGGUCGUAGGAUCGCAGUUUCGAUUCCCAGACCGAGCGAUGUGAGUGUUUAUCGAGCGAAAACACCUAAAGUUCCACAAGGCUCCAGCAGGAGAUGGCAGACAAUUACUUCAGACCUACUUUCGUCAUCUUCUUGGUACUGGUCAGUUAUCCAAGUCUACUGUUCUGUGCACUGAGGCAGAACACUUGCGAUGAAGGGCAUACCAAGUCAGCCAUCCAGUCGGCCGGUCAAGCGUUGAUUGUCGGUGUGUUCUCGUUUCAUAACAAGGGCUCUGGAAAAUAUGGAUGUGGAGAAACUAAUACAGUGUCGAUGCAGGCGUAUGAAGCGAUCCGGUGGACCCUCGAUUUAUUGAACAAGAAAGGAGAGUAUUUCAAUGGACAAUAUUUAGCUGAUAGCUAUGUACCUGGAAUACUUUUGGGUAUGGUAGCCAAGGAUUACUGCGACCAGACGUCACAUGUUAACGUGAUUCUCCAGGAGGCCAUCGCAGAAAUUGAUGCCGAAAAUUGCAACUUACCACCCGGACGAAGACUAACCGAAUCGAAAAUGUUUCUGGGUGUUAUUGGUGCCAACAGUGACACUGCUACAGUAGAACUGGCUGAAUACACGACCCAGCACGAGAUACCGUUGGUUACUUACAUUGCUUCUACUUCGAGGCUUAGUGAUGGGAAAAAGUACCCCUAUAUCGUUAGAACUGUCCCUGCAGAAAAGCCACUUCUGAGCGUAAGUAUCACAUUUCCUUCAGACGCUAAUCAUCUCUCAUUUGCAAGGGUUCUUUUAUUAGUAAUCUGUUUAUCAUACUUAAAUCAUGUACACUAUUGAAAGCCAUCUAAACAG